AUGGACAGCAAGGACCCCGACGUUCCUGGAUCCCGCCUUCCAGGUCUGCGCAGGCGCUUCGUGCCAUGGGACCGGAGCGCGCGCCCACGAGUUGGGGCAGGACGCGCGCAGGUCACCAUGACAACACAGAGACGCAGCAGCAUGUGGAGCCGCAGGGAGGAGGCCUCGCCCAGCCACAUCCCCUACCCCUUCCCUGCCCUGGACCCCUCCCUGAUCCCAGACUUCUCCCGAGUCCCCUUCUUGGCUCAAUCCCUCAGCCCAGCGCCGCCUCCAAGCCUCGUCUCUGAGGAUGGUAAGAAGUGGGGACAUUUGGAAUCCACCCGGCCCUACCGAGCGGACACAGAGCAGUGGGAUCCUCGGAACUGGCUGAAGGCGGGAGGGUGCACUGGGACUGGGACCUUCCGCUGUGCUAAACCAUCUAUUCCCAGCCUCCAGGAAAAUUAUUGUAAUCUGUGUUUGGAAAAAGUUCAAAGAAUCAAUCCUUUUAUAGUGUGUAUACUCCAGGAAGUGGAUGAAGAAUGUAAAAAAGGCCUGAAUAAAGAAAUCACAUUAACUAUUGCUGGUAAUAAUCGCCUAAUUCCUGUAGAAAAAAUAACAAGUGAAGAUUUUUGGAUUCUUUCCAAAAUUUUAAAGAAGAAUCCAUACAUUAAUGGUUUGGAUGUUAGAUAUAACCUCUUAAACAAUACUGGUGCGUACUAUGCUGCAAAACUGCUUGAGAAACAACUUAAUCUCAUUUACUUAAACCUUAUGUUUAAUGACAUUGGUCCCGAUGGUGGAGAAGUGAUUGCUACAGCGCUCCAUAAUAACACAGUGCUGAGGUACCUAAGAAUGAGUGGAAACAAGAUUGAAAACAAAGGUGGAAUGUUUUUUGCCGCAAUGCUGCAAAUCAAUUCAUCCUUAGAGAAAUUAGAUCUGGGAGAUUGUGAUCUGGGGAUGCAAAGUGUGAUCGCAUUUGCUACAGUGCUAACCCAAAACCAAGCAAUUAAGGGAAUCAACUUAAACCGCCCUAUUCUGUAUGGUGAACAGGAAGAAUCUACAGUCCAUAUGGGACAAAUGUUGAGACAAAAUAAUUGUCUUAUUGAACUGCACAUGUGUAAGCAUGAUAUGAAAAAUUUUGGUUUAAAGCAAUUAUGUGAUGCGCUGUAUCUGAAUAGUAAACUACGCUAUCUUGAUAUCAGUUGCAACAGAAUAACUUACGAUGGAAUAGUUUUUUUGGCGAGUGUCCUGAAAAGCAACACUACCCUGGAAGUAUUAGAUAUUUCUUUUAACAGAAUAGAAAAUCCAGGAGCAAAAUAUCUCGGUGAAACUCUUGCUUCACACAACAGGAGUCUUAAAGCGUUGUCAGUAGUGAGUAACAACAUAGAAGGGGAGGGACUUACUGCACUUGCACAGUCCAUGAAAACAAAUGUCACCCUCUCCCACCUCUACAUUUGGGGAAACAAAUUUGAUGAGGCUACAUGUGUGGAAUAUUCAAAGUUAAUUGAACUAGGUCGUUUAAAACCAGACAAUACGGACAUAGAGCCCUACGUGGUGGACGGACAUGUGUAUCUGGCAGAAGUCUCCAAUGGUCUGAAAAAGCAUUAUUACUGGACACCAACCUAUGGAGAAGCGUAUAAUCACUCAAGUAAUGCAGGUUUUGCCCUUGUACCAACAGCUCAACAUCUAUGA